AUGUCAGCUGCACAAGAUGGAUUUCUAAGCAGAUCAAAGGCAGAAUGGACACCCACUCGUGAUGCAUGCUUGGUUGAGCUUCUUAUCAAGCAACACAAAAGUGGAAGAACAGCUUACAAUGAAUUCAAAAAUGAAGUGAUUAAGUCUGUCACAUGGGAUUUCAACAAAAAAUUUGGCUUGUACUUGGAAGAGAAUCAGAUAAAGAAUCGCUAUAACGUUAUGAAGAAAGAUUAUGUUGUUGUCAAAACACUGCUCAGUCACAAUGAAUUCGUCUGGGAUGAAACUCGGCAUAUGGUUGUGGCUGAUGAAAAAGUGUGGGACAGUUAUAUUAUGGUAAGAUGUGAAGCAAGACCUUUUAGACGCAAGAGCUUCCCACUAUAUAAACAAAUGUCCAUCAUAUUUGAAGGCGAAAGAGGAAUUCAAAAAGGCCAAUUUCCCAAUGGAGCAAUGUCGACAGCAGAAGAAGGAAAUAGCAACACAGAAACAGUGCGAUCUUCAGAGCCAUGUAACUUACCAACACAAGUAAUUGAUGGUACCCUUGACUCUGAUUCAAUAAUCCGCAUCAAUGACAUGCAAGCCAAGAAGCACAAAUUUGUCAAUCCAGCAGAGUCAAUUCAUAAAAAAAGAGCACACCUCAAAAUUGGAGAAACGAUAGAGAAUGUAUUGUAUGAGGUUUUCACAGCAGCCAAGUUCAAAGCCAAGCAAAGAAAUGCAUCCAAUUCAACAACAAUGUAUAAGAACAGCUUGGAGGAAUUGCAGAAAUUGGAGGAGUUGGAUGACAAAGACUUUGCAAAGGCUGUUAAUGCACUUAAGGACGACAAAAAUGCUAUUGCUUUUAUGACAAUAAAAGGGCCUAGACGUUUAACCUGGUUAAGGUCUCUAUGGCACUCAGAGUAA